AUGAGAGUGGUGAUCGCGGUUGUGGUUCUGUGCCUCACCUGCUGGCAUUCGUGUGCCGCCGAGGGUCACCUGAAACGCUUGAGCAGAUCCCUGAUUUUCCCGCCGACGAGUCCUACGCGUGUUCAGUUCAUCGGUGGCAUCGGUAUUCCCGUGGAGGGCCUGCAUUUCGAGUCUGUUACCUCGGGCUAUGUGCUCAAGGCGGAGUACUUUCUGCCCACCAACUCGACGGAGAUCACAAGGGUCUAUCUCAAGCCGAUGGCCAUUACGGGCAGGGAGGAGGAGGAGGAGGAGUCGGCCUAUGGAGCGGUGUAUCGCUGGAUUAUCUAUCGCGGCAUUGAGAUGGUCAUCGAGAAUAUGGGUCUGCCGGGCAGGAGUUGCCUCCUUCGUCUGAUCUGCGAACAUGCUGCCCUGCCCUUGAACCACGAAAGUGGAUUGCUGGGCGAGAUCAUGGACAUAGUGCUGAGACCCUCCAGUUCGGUAGACCAGUUGGGUCAAACUUCCGAUAGGGAGUACCAGCUAUCGGAGCACUUUGGCGAGCGGGGAGGCGACUGCCAGGCGGAAUAUGCCACUAGAUGCAAAAAGUCGCCCAUGGAACUCAUCAGCCUGCUGCUUGAAGUCAAUGAAUAA